AUGUCAAAAGGUGGAAAAAUUAGUCUACAACCAUCAACUUCUCAACAAUUACCUUCAAUAAUUCGAACUAUGGAUGCUCAUGAAGAUCAGGAUUUGAAUGGGUUACCAAAUGUACCAUCAUCAAGAUACCGAAACUCGGAUGUUCAUGAUGCCAAUAAUGAAGAUGGUAAUCCGACUAAUUGGAUUGGAAAAGACUUUGAUGACCAAGGUUAUGGAGAAGAUUCAGAAGAAGAUUAUAUACAAGAAACAUUGGCAUGGAAUGUUAUACCAAGUGACGAAUCAGACCAAGAAGAGGAGUCAUAA